UUUCCAACCCAAAAUAUUUGGUGAUUCUGUGAUGCCAGAGUUGUGGGAUGUGGGGCUGGGGUUCCUUGCUCCAGAUGUCCUCAAGAUGACCCCACCGUUGGUGGGGCUCACUGUUGGUGGGGCUCACUGUUGGUGGGGCUCACCCUGUGCCCCAGUGCUGGAUCAUGGUGUGUCCACGUGCCCAGCCUGGGCAGAGGCCGUGCGGACUGGGGGGCGUUCCAGCAAAACUGCUGAGUGUUGCCUUCCCUGCCACGAAAGAGCCAGAGCAGCUUGGACUAAAUCGGAUCCUGCUGAUUGGAAUUAGUUCAAAUGCAGAUGGAGCUAACUAAGCCGGCGCUAAGCGUUGGACAGCCCAGCGCCCAAUUCCCAUCAGCUGAUUCAGGGGCUUUUCGCAGCGGCAUUAGCGAAAUGCCACCGUGGCACAGAUGCCCAUUGUGCCAGGCGCCCACCCGCUCGCCCACGGCCCUUCUGGGGCUUGGGGCUCCCUGCAGGGUGCUGGGAUGGACAGAUGGACGCUGUUCUGGGGUUGUGGCACCAGAACCUUGUCUAUGAAGGUGGGGUGAGGUGCAGCAUAGCUGUCGGAAAAAUCAUCUGGGCUGCGAGACGAUUCAGCAGGGUCUGAAUUAAUCUGUGCCUUUAUUCAGUUUGGCAUGUGGCUGUGAUAAUCCAAGCCCAGGGUCAGGAUGGCUCCAGGAGGGAGCUGGGCUGUGCGUGGCAGGACACAGAGAGCAGUGGUGGGGACAAGCUGUGCCAGCGUAGGGCUCGGCUGGGCCCUCAGCUCCUGUGACAGGCUGCAUCCACACCCACCCUGUGGCCGCCACAUGGGUUUGGUGACCCCCUUGGGUGCUUUCUCAGCCCCGCAUGCCCCAGGGACCAGCAGGAAACUGAUCCACGAGCCGCCCACGCCGCCCGUGUCUGCCAGGGACACGGGUCAGUGUCCCCAUGAGGAGCUGCUGGGCACAGGGAGCGGGUGACGUCCGCCACUAAUCGGCCAGAUGGUGACACCCGGCGGGACGCCAGCCCUGAGGUCACCACGGAGCUCAGGCUCAGGUACAGCAGGAGCUGGUGCCACCAUCCAUCUCCUGCAUGUGCUUUGGUCAGAGCCACCCUUUGGGGACAGGGAUGAGGUGAGGGUGGCAGCUCCCUCAUGGAAAAUCCGGGAUGCCAGCCCUGAGGUCACCGUGGAGCUCAAGCUCAGGUGCAGCAGGAGCUGGUGCCAUCAUCCAUCUCCAGCAUGGUGCUUUGAUCAGGGCCACCCUUCAGGGAGUCAGGGUGGCAGCUCCCAUCAUGGCAAAUCCGGGUGCUGGGCACAUUCCCAGAGAGCCAGGGCUGCGUAAUGAACCCCGAGUCCCGGCGGGGAGAGGAGAACUCCUGGCAGUCAAGUGCGUUCAGGCUCUGAAUAAGAAGCACUUCAUUCUCCUUUCAAAUUGUAUAAUUUCUGCCUGAUUGUAAUGGCAUAUUUUAAAAUUACCAGAAAUCGAAGCCAGAAAAUGGAUACGGCUGCUUUUACUGCGAGCUGCGUUAACAAAGGAUAUGUAAUGCAUGAAAUAAAAACACCUCCCUGCCCCCCUCCUUUUUUUUUUUUAAGACAGUAAUAGGAGAAAAUUGGUUUUGAAACUGAAUAAAAGUCCCUUUCAGAGGAAAUCAUUUCUUUCAGGGUACCUUUGCUGAAAGUAAAAUAGUGAAUAAUGAAAGGUGGUUACAUGAUUGUCUUUCAUUUAGAGAGCGCGAGGACAGAUGGAAUCUGGGAGAAAUGCACGAUUGGAAUAAUUGCAUGGUAACAAGGCGCUUGUUGUGAAAUUAGUAUCUUAAGAAAGUAGUGAAAAAGGCUUUUACUCAUGAAUACUUCAUUAUUAGGAGAAAACAGCACAAUUUGGGUUCUCCAGACACCUGCUCGGUAUUAGAUGACUUCCUCCCCUCCUCCUCCUCCUCAUCCUCUUCCUCCUUCUCCUCCUCUUCCUCACACCUUUUCCUGACGAGUCUCUCCUUGUCCCUGGUUUGCUGGGGGAGUCAGGGUGAGACCCUGAGCCUGAUGAGCCCAGCUGAGGUGUGGAUGCCCUGCAUGGAUCCCGUUGGGGGAUUAUCCCAGAGCCUGGCGGAGGGCACAGAGCAGGAGCGAGCAGCACAGGUCCCAUGGUGGCUGUGAAGGUGUUUUAAAGGGUGACAUUUAGACCAGCAGAGCUUGGAGAACCCCAGACACAGCUCAGGGAGCAUCAAUCCAUGCUUUGUUUCCUGGUGCUGAUGGUCACGGGCUCUGCCAGAGGCCACCACGUGCCUGAGGCCACCACGUCAUUCCCCUGCACUGGGACAUGUGGGAAACAUCCUGGAUGGCUGCAGGAGGGCACGAUUCCCCCACGAGGGAGAAGAUGGAGUGAUGGACCCAGCAGUGACACCAUCCAUGAUAUCCACUUGUGACCCCGGGCCAUCCAUGAACGUUCAGCCAGAGAGCACCAGUGCAGGAGCUGCAACACUGGUGGAUGGGCACCAUGCCCGCUUUUCUGCUGCUCCUGCCCACGUCUCCCUGCCCUCUCCGAGUGGGAAUAUCAUCCCUGUGCCAGCUGGAGCAGUGGGAGGGCGUCAGCAGCAACUGGUUGUACCUCAGGGCCCCGGCUGGGGAUGGAUGUACAACGAGCAGCACCUCGGUGACGGCGGCUUUGGCCUGGCCCCUCCAGCUUUUGUCACACAGAUUUUGAUGCCAGCUGGGAGCUGGCGACAGAUCCCAGGACCCCGAGUGGGAUGUUAGCACUGUCUUUCCCCAGCCUUGACUGGGGUCACUCUGUGCCAGGAGGCACCAGCUGGCACGCCUGGCACCACCAUGACGCCUGGCGCCACCACAUUCCCGUUGGGAAGGGUGGGAAGCUCCGCAGGAAGCGCAAACCACCUGCCGAGACCUUCAUCUUUAUUUUAUAUACAUCCCUAUUCACUCCAGGCUUUCAGCGCUGGCUGUUUAUCUCCAGAGGAGCGAAGGCACCGAGUGCUGGGGAGCUGCACGGGGGUGGUGGUGGCACGGGGGUGGCAGGUCCCUGGCUCACCGUGUGUCUCCUCUCUUGCAGGGCGUGGGGCGGCAACGCCCGCAGGGAAGCCCAGACCAUGCUGGCCUGCCUGCAGAGGACCCAGAACCCCCCAGCCCAGCACCUCCCCUGCCCCAACAAGGCGCUGGAGCCACGCAAGUGCGAGACGGCCCCCAUGCAUUCCCCGCGCUACCCCAGCCCCGCCGAGCUGGACGCCUACGCACAGAAGGUGGCCAACAGCCCGCUGACCAUCAAGAUCUUCCCCACCAACAUCAGGGUCCCCCAGCACAAGCACCUUAACCGGACGGUGAACGGCUACGACACCACGGGGCAGAGGUACAGCCCCUACCCGCUGCACGCCGGCGGCUACCAGGGGCUGCUGGCCAUCGUCAAAGCCUCCGGCAAAAGCGUGGUGAAGAACUCGGAGGGGAAGCGGACUAAGCUCUCGCCUGCCCAGGUGGGCGUCGCUCCCUACCCCGCCUCAAGCACUUUAGCUCAAGGUCCCUCCUGCGCUGGGCAGCUGAGCUACCACGGCGGCCAGAAGCAGCUGGAGGGUCCCGUGCCCCCCAACGUGACGGUGGCAGCCUCGGUGCUGCCGCUGGCGGGCAGGAGCCUGGCGCUGCCGCCCUCCAACCUGCCCUCCAUCCAGAGCAUCAUCUACCAGAUCAAUCAGCAGUGCCAGGCGCAGGGUGCCCAGCCCGGCUGCCCGGCCGUCGUGGCCGCCCACCCCAGCCCUGCCAAGCACGGCGCCUUCGCCCCCGGCUACGGCGGCACCGUGCUGCCCGAGUGCCGCAAGGGCGCCGAGCUGGCGCUGGGCUCCAACCCGGCCGCCGCCCUGGGACCCAAGGCGGGCGUGUACCCCGAGGGCAUGGACUACCUGGUGUGGCAGCAGAAGCAGCAGCAGCAGCACCUGCGAAUGUACAGCGGGGGCAGCGGCGGCGGCGGGGCGCUCAGCAAAUCCCCCGAGACGUGCGCGGGCGCCUCGCGGCCCUACGGGCUGGGCGGUGCCGCCGACAAGGUGAGCUCGUCCCCCUUGAACUGCAUGCACGGCAACUUCGCGGUGGGGCAGUACUUCGCUCCCCCCUGGAACAGCAUCCUGGUGACCCCCAACAGCGACUGUUACAACCCGCCGGAGCUGGGGGCCGCGCCCCGCGAGCUGGGGGUGCCCCCGGGCGAGGGGCUGCCCAGCAAGACCCUCUGCAAUACCUCCAUCCUCAGCAGCAGCCUCCAGUCCCUGGAAUAUCUCAUCAACGACAUCCACCCGCCCUGCAUCAAGGAGCAGAUGCUGGGCAAGGGCUACGAGACCGUGUCUGUGCCAAGGCUCUUGGACCACCAGCACGCCCACAUCCGCCUGCCCGUCUACAGAUAAGGGACGGAUGCUGCUCUUCCCAAACCCAGGGCGAGGACUUUGGCGCGAGCUGCAGGUGCCGGACCGCGGCAGCAAGGGCGGGGGGACAGGGAGGGGGACGCGGGGCUGGCUGCUGAGAGGGCUCCCGGGACACUGGCGUUGCACCGGGGUCCCCAGACUGGACACGCCCGCGACCCGCUGGAGGCCGAAGGACCGCUUGUCUAUAUAGCUCAGAAAUCAUUUUAUCUCCACGAAUGUGAACAGGGAAUUGCUACGAGUUGCUGCUAUCCAGGGAGGGGAGGCUCUGCUGCUGUGCUGGUGGUGCCCAGAGAGGGGCAGAGCCCGGGAGGCUCCAGGGUGGGUCCCAGCCCAGUGUGGGGCUGGGAGGCUCCGUGGUGGCCGGUGCUGGCCUGGCAGCUGUCCAGGAGGCUCCACAGUGGCCUGUCCUGGCACAGGAGGCUCCGUGGUGGCCAGUGCCAGCCUAGAGGUGGCCGGUCCCAGCCCGGCGUGUGGCCGCAGGGAGCUGGCGCCUGACCUGUAGCUCAAGUCCGUAACUUGCACUGCUUUGAUUAAAGCUAAUAACUGGGGACAGUCUGGAGGCUAUUUAAGAAAAACACUUGAAAACUUGAACAGAUUUUUUUGUUUUUUUUUUUUUUAAUUUUGUUUUUUUUUUUGUUUUUUUUAGUUGACUAGGCUGUACAUCUACGUGUUGGCUGCUACAGAGUCUCCUCCCACCCUUCUUCCUCCUCAUCCUCCUCCUCUCACCCAGCCCCACAGUGGCCACAGCUCCUACUCCCACUCAGCCAGGAGGCUGGGGACCCCCUCAGCCCCUCUCUCCUGGGAACCCCUGGCUCUCACACUUCCAGGCUGUUUUAUUUCCUCCCUUACUGUCAGUUCUACCUUGGUUCUGGGUUGCGGUACUGGGGCGCUCACAUACCUCCUUUUUUUUUCUCUUUCUUUUUUUUUUUUUUUUUAAAAAACCAACCCAAACAAUUCCAAAAUGAUUAUGGUCCGUUAUUCACUCUGUGUAAUUCUGUGUUUAAUAGAUUUGUUCAUUUACAAAAGGCUCCUCACCACGAAAUACAAAGUGUUUUGAUGUUUAAAGGUAAAAGAAGAAUAAUAUCCCGAUGAAACCCAAGGUGAUUGUGCUCGGAAAAAGAGGUACUGUAUCCCUGAAAGCCUGUUCAAGCACUAAGUGCAUUUACAAAUCUCUGAGAAUGUUUUUUUUUUAUACUAAAAUUGACCAUUAUAUUCUACUGUGAGAAGUGCUGGCUGCACUAUAUUGUUUUAAAAAUGAGAAAACAAAAAUGAAAAAAAAAAAAGAAAAAAAAAAGAAAAAAAAAAACCAACACAAAACCCGCAAGCCGUGUGUCCGGAUGGUGUUUUUCCCAAAGUAAAACCAGGAUCUCUCUGGA